UAUAUAUAUAUAUAUAUAUAUAUAGUUUUUGAAUCAGUUCAUAAAUACCUGUAAUAUUUCUCGUCUUCACAUUCGUGACUGAGUUUUGAAGCAAGCAGGAAUAUCUGGAGGAGUUUCUGAACUUAGAUCUGCUGCUGUGAAGAUGGAGUUUGUGAAAGAGGAGAGAGAAGAGAACACGAGUGAACCAGAAACCAGCACAAUAAAACACGAGGAAACAGAAAUAAAACACGAGGAACCAGAAACCUGGAGAAUAAAACAAGAGGAACCAGAAACCUGGAGAAUAAAACACGAGGAACCAGAAACUUUGAGAAUAAAACACGAGGAACCAGAAAUAAAACACGAGGAACAAGGAGAGUUCAUUGAAGAAAAAGAGGAAAAUGAAGAAUCAAGUGAAGUUGAGGAGAAAAAUAAUGUCAAAACUGGUGGAAAACCUUUGAGUUGCUGUCAAACCAAACAGACAGAUUUAAAGAAAAAAGGAUUUAAGAAAUCUUUAACCUGCAAUCAGUGUGGAAAGAGGUUCACAUAUGAAUCAAAUCUUAAUCGUCACAUGAGAGUUCAUACUGGAGAGAAACCACUCACCUGUGACCAACGUGGGAACAGUUUCACACAAUCAUCAAACCUUAAGGAUCACAUGAACAUCCACACUGUAGAGAAGCAGCAUGUAUGUGAUCAAUGCGGUAAAAUGUUUUUAUGGGCUUCACUUCUGAAAAAACACUUAAAAGUUCAUGCAAAGGAGAAGCCACAUUCAUGUCAUUUGUGUGGUAAGAGUUUUUUGCAUCUACAAAGUUUAAAAGAACAUCAGAAAAUACAUACUGGUGUGAGAGAUAACGUGUGCUUUGGGUGUGAAAAGACUUUUAGUUCAGCAAGCAGAUUAAAACGGCAUGAGAGGAUUCACACUGGAGAGAAACCUUACAAGUGUUCACACUGUGACAAGAGUUUCAAUGUCUCAUCAAGUCUGAAAAACCAUGAGAGGAUUCACACUGGAGAGAAACCUUUUAAGUGUUCACAUUGUGACAAGAAAUUCACUUUGUCACCACAUUUGAAAAUACAUGAGAGGAUCCACACUGGAGAGAAACCUUUUAAGUGUUCACAUUGUGACAAGAAAUUCACUUUGUCAACACAUUUGAAAAUACAUGAGAGGAUCCACACUGGAGAGAAACCUUAUAAGUGUUCACACUGUGACAAGGGAUUCAGUGUGUCAUCAAAUCUGAAAACACAUGAGAGAUUUCACACUGGAGAGAAACCUUAUAAGUGUUCACACUGUGACAAGGGAUUCUAUGUUUCAUCAAGUCUGAAAACGCAUGAGAGGAUUCACACUGGAGAGAAACCUUACAAGUGUUCACACUGUGACAAGGGAUUCUAUGUUUCAUCAAGUCUGAAAACGCAUGAGAGGAUUCACACUGGAGAGAAACCUUAUAAGUGUUCACACUGUGACAAGAGAUUCAGUCAGUCAAGAGAUAUGAAAAUACAUGAGAGGAUUCACACUGGAGAGAAACCUUUUAAGUGUUCACACUGUGACAAGAGAUUCAGCCGGUCAAGAGAUAUGAAAAUACAUGAGAGGAUUCACACUGGAGAGAAACCUUUUAAGUGUUCACACUGUGACAAGCGAUUCAGUCAGUUAGCAAAUCUGAAAACACAUGAGAAAAUGCACACUGGAGAGAAACCUUAUAAGUGUUCACACUGUGACAAGAGAUUCAGUCAGUCAAGAGAUCUGAAAAAUCAUGAGAGCAUCCACACUGGAGAGAAACCUUAUAAGUGUUCACACUGUGACAAGAGAUUCAGUCAGACAACAGAUCUGAAAAACCAUAAGAGGAUUCACACUGGAGAGAAACCUUUUAAGUGUUCACAUUGUGACAAGAGAUUCAGUUGGUCAACACAUUUGAAAAGACAUGAGAGGAUCCACACUGGAGAGAAACCUUAUAAGUGUUCACACUGUGACAAGAGAUUCAGUGUGUCAUCGAGUCUGAAAAAACAUGAGAGGAUCCACACUGGAGAGAAACCUUAUAAGUGUUCACACUGUGACGAGAAAUUCAGUCUUUCAGCAAGUCUGAAAAAACAUGAGUGGAUUCACACUGGAGAGAAACCUUACAAGUGUUCUCACUGUGACAAGAGAUUCAGUGUGUCAUCAAUUCUGAAAACACAUGAGGUGAUCCACACUGGAGAGAAACCUUACAAGUGUUCUCACUGUGACAAGAGAUUCAGUGUGUCAUCAAAUCUGAAAACACAUGAGAGGAUUCACACUGGAGAGAAACCUUAUAAGUGUUCACACUGUGACAAGAGAUUCAGUCAAUCAUCAUAUCUGAAAACACAUGAGAGGAUUCACACUGGAGAGAAACCUUACAAGUGUUCACACUGUGACAAGAGAUUCAGUGUGUCAUCAAGUCUGAUAAAACAUGAGAGGAUUCACACCGGAGAGAAACCUUACAAGUGUUCACACUGUUUCAGGAAAUUCAGUCUUUCAGAAAGUCUGAAAAAACAUGAGAGGAUUCACACUGGAGAGAAACCUUACAAGUGUUCACAAUGUGACAGGAGAUUCAGUCGUUCAGUAAGUCGUAAAACACACGAGGUGAUCCACACUGGAAAGAAACCUUACAAGUGUUCACACUGUGACAAGAGAUUCAUUCAGACAAGAGAUCUGAAAACACAUGAAAGGAUCCACACUGGAGAGAAACCUUACAAGUGUUCACACUGUGACAAGAGAUUCACUAAUAUAUCAAAUCUGAAAACACACGAGAAGAUCCACACUGGAGAGAAACCUUACAAGUGUUCACACUGUGACAAGAGAUUCACUAAUAUAUGAAGUCUGAAAACACGAGAAGAUCCACACUGGAGAGAAACCUUUUAAGUGUUCACACUGUGACAAGCGAUUCAGUCAGUUAGCAAAUCUGAAAACACAUGAGAAAAUGCACACUGGAGAGAAACCACAUCACCGCAACAUACCUGGGAAUCGUUUCAUUGAGUCAUCUGUUCUACACAAAAACCAACCACAGUAAGGCCCCGAACACACAGAGACGCAUUUAGUUGUAUGUGUAAAUAUUUUGUAUGGUAUAUGUGGAUAUGUGGAUAAAUCUGAAAAUGACACCUUUGUGUUUUUCUGUACUGCCAAUUCAUAUGUUUUGUAAAACAAUGAUGUCAUCACCCCACAUCUCGACCAUAGUCAGACACCGCUACGUCAUUUAACACCAACAACAAUGGAGGACUACAUGUUUGUGCUCAUGCUACAGAAGCUACUGAGUCUGUGAGCUUGACUAAACUUACUAGUGGAGCAGCACGAUAUUGGAAAAAAAACUCACAUCGUGAUCAUUUUUCUCAGCGAGGUAUAUCGCGAUAUGGACAAAAAAAAUUCACCAGAUGACUUGUACAGCUCUAUUUGGAUUAAAAAAAUAAAAAUCAAUGAUUGGGGUGAUUUUGUAGGUGAAUAAAUCAAAUUACAAACAUAGAUGAAUAUAAUAUAAAAAUGAUACAAAUGAAAUAAAGUGCUUUAUAUUCUUCAGGUAAGUCGAACUGUUACUGUCUGUUACAGUUAAGUCUAAUACGUUACUGCUGCGUUACAUUGCUGACAGAAUGCAGUGUUUAUAAUCUAGAGAUUGUAAAGAGGAUGUAGCACACGCACUGUCAAGUCAAGUGCCAGUGGAUUACAGACCUGCUCCCGCGAGAUCUAACGCAGCAGAGAGCGGCACGGGACAUGACUUGUGUGUGUGCGCAAGAUAGUGGAAAAUAAAAUGAUUCAUGGUACUCCGCAAAGUAGAAAUAUCGAAACAAAAAAUCUAAAACAAGUAAAUUGUUAUUCAUCUAUUGCACAAGAGCAAAAUGAAUAUAAACCAUUAACAGGUGCAAGCUAUGCAGAGCUUCUAUUUAGGCUAUAACAGGGAUUGGUUUGUUGCAUGAUGAGACUGAUGUGAGAUACUGAUCCAAAAGCACACCUUUUGAAAGUUUAAUUUCUUCCUUUAAUAAAGAAAGUUUGUCAUUAUUGUUGCUGUUUUCAUUUAAAAUAAAUAAAACAUUGAACCACAAA